AUGCACAUGGUUCUACCUCCCCCUGGGUCAGCCUGGCACUCUGACCUGGCCCUGCAGCACCGUCUGGGUCGGGGGGUGGAAAGCAUUACCCGCCUGGACCUCACCACCUCCAGCAUGCCUACCACCUCCACUGGCCUGCGAGCAGAGAGAGCCCGACCUCACAGCAGCUUCUAUGUGUACUGCAAGAGUGUGUGUUGGGCCAUCCAGCCGGGGAAGCUACGAGUACAACCCAGAGCAGAUAUCCAGAGUAACAUUCUUUCCCCUCUGACCACUGUCCUCACCAUCAUGGCCCUGUCUCCAUACCUGACCACUGUCCUCACCAUCAUGGCCCUGUCUCCAUACCUGACCACUGUCCUCACCAUCAUGGCCCUGUCUCCAUACCUGACCAAUGCCCUCACCAUCAUGGCCCUGUCUCCAUACCUGACCACUGUCUUCACCAUCAUGGCCCUGUCUCCAUACCUGACCACUGCCCUCACCAUCAUGGCCCUGUCUCCAUACCUGACCACUGCCCUCACCAUCAUGGCUCUGUCUCCAUACCUGACCACUGUCUUCACCAUCACGGCCCUGUCUCCAUACCUGACCACUGCCCUCACCAUCACGGCCCUGUCUCCGUACCUGACCACUGCCCUCACCAUCACGGCCCUGUCUCCAUACCUGACCACUGCCCUCACCAUCAUGGCCCUGUCUCCAUACCUGACCACUGUCCUCACCAUCAUGGCCCUGUCUCCGUACCUGACCACUGCCCUCACCAUCAUGGCCCUGUCUCCAUACCUGACCACUGUCCUCACCAUCAUGGCCCUGUCUCCAUACCUGACCUCUGUCCUCACCAUCAUGGCCCUGUCUCCAUACCUGACCUCUGACCAGCUGAAGCUGCCACUCACACUGCUAUCUCCCCCAACCACAGUCUCACAGACUCCCCUGCAUCCACCCCAUCCAUCUGAGACCCAUCACUCUCGAGAUAGACCUGAGUCCAGCAGUCUAGACUGCUUCCACAUGUACUGUGUGACCCGCCUCAACGAGAGACAGUUCAUCCACCACCCAGACGGCGGCUACUCAUUUCCCUGUGCAGCUGGCUGUCCAGACUCUCUCAUAACGGAGUUGCAUCACUUCUGGGCCCUCUGUGAUGAACAAUAUAAGCAGUACCAGCGGUAUGCAGCAGAGGAGGGCCUACUCCAGAUGGGAGGAGUGUUGUGUCCAGCCCUUGGCUGUGGAGGAGGCCUGAUACCUGAGGACGACAGAAGGAUGAUCCUGUGUCUGCUCAGCAACGGUUUGGGAUGCAUGUUUGUGUUCUGCUGUGACUGUAAGGAGGGGUUCCAUGAGGGGAGAUGUUGUGUGAGGUCAGCACCUGUCACAGGAGGAGCUGUGCAGGGUUAUGUAGUGGACGAUGAGGCAGCUCUUCAGGCUCAGUGGGAGCAUGCCCCCCUGGAGACUAUAGAUGAGACCACCCGCCCAUGUCCACAUUGCAAGGUCCCUGUGGAGAAGAGUGGGGGCUGUAUGCACAUGGUGUGCCCCCCUGCCCAGUGUAAGUUUGAGUGGUGCUGGAUCUGUCUUGUGGAGUGGAACAGGGAGUGUAUGGGCAACCACUGGUUUGGCUGA